CAAAAGUUAUCCCCAAAUUGAGAGAGGUGAAUCGCGGAAUUGGAAUAAGAAAGGGCCCCACCCCACAUCAUCAACGGCUAUUCCGAACAAGGCGACGACACGGAACCAGCUUUUUCGCGCCGCCUACCGCCUAUCGUUUUACUUUCUCCCCCGUUCACAACUGAAACUAAACACGCACCAAAUCCUUCACAAAAAAAUCAAAAACUCUUUAUCCACUUUUUUCAGCGGAGGAUUUCUUCGUUUCUUCGAUUCCAAUUCAAAGAUACACUAUACGAGAAGAUGACCGUGUAUCAGAUUGACCCUGAUGUUGUAAGGUGGGGCCUACACCUUAUAGACGUUUGCUCUCUUUCGAACAACGGCUCCCCGGAAACUGUUACUUUUUACCAGCGGGAUUUGUCACUCACCGAGUCCGUGGAGGAAGGUUUUAGUAACCCGACACCUUAUUAUUUCGUGGAUAAUGAUGAAGUUAUUGCACAUGCUCUUCAACAAGAAUUAUCGCUCGAGGAUGAAAAUCGAGACUUCUUACCCGAGAUAGAAGAUGAAUCGGUUCUUGAUGGCGAAUUGGGCAAAAGAUUGAAUCAGAUGGUUCCGAUUCCUCAUGUUCCUAAAACGAAUGGAGAAAUGCCAUCUGUCGACGAAGCCACGUCAGAUCAUCAAAGGCUUCUUAACAGAUUGGAGUUAUACGACUUAGUUGAGCUCAAAAUUUCGGGAGACGGUAAUUGUCAGUUUCGAUCAUUGUCGGAUCAAAUAUACCGGACCCCAGAGCAUCACAAAUUCGUCAGAGAACAAAUAGUCGAUCAGCUGACGUCACAACCCGAAUUGUACGACAAUUAUGUCCCCAUGGCUUAUGGCGACUACUUGAAGCAAAUGAGCAAUGGCUAUAUGGGGAGAUCCGUCACACUGCAGGCUGCUGCAGAUUGCUAUGGGAUCAAGAUAUUUGUCAUUACAUCAUUUAAGGAUACAUGCUAUAUUGAGAUUCUUCCGCAACUGGAGAAGUCGAAUAGAAUCAUAUUCUUGAGCUUUUGGGCUGAAGUGCACUAUAAUUCAAUCUAUCCAUUAGGAGAAUCACCUGUUUUGGAGGGGAAGAAAAAGAAGUGGAGGUGGUGGACUUGAAUUCGAUCGCCACGUCAGACAAGCAAAUUUCAGACGAAAACUCCACCUGUCAGUGAGUUUUUUCUGCUUCUCAGUUCGUUCGUUAGUAUUCGACAAAACUAUAUAUAGAUGGAAAAUGCUAUAUAGAUACUUCGUAUACUUACUAUUUGCCUCAUGUGUACAUAGUAAUUUUGAUGGUAUUUUAGUUUGUA